UCCGUUUCCAUCGAAAGUUGAUGCGGCUUGUCCCUUGUUCAGACGCCCUUGCUAGACGCCAUUUCAUAGCUUGCCGUUUGGACUGUUUCAAGGUUUAACGUUUAAUUUUCAAAGUGCAAAGACCACGGUACGGCCUGUUUUUCGAUUAGCUUGCUCGUAACCAUGGAGCAAUCGAACGUGUCCCAGGAAGCCUUAGCUGCUGUUCAAGCAGUUCAACUAGAACUAACUGGAGAAAAUGCAACAAGCCUGUCUUUGAGAAGACCCUUCGAUCCUGUUGCUCAUGAUCUGGAUGCAUCAUUCAGGUUGACCCGAUAUGCAGAUCUCAAAGGAUGAGGGUGUAAGUUACCCCAGGAUGUUCUGGGGAAACUUCUUUUAUCUGCAGGGCUUCAGGAUGACGAUGCUAACAUCCAAGAUCAUGAGCAAAGUCAAUAUCUUCAUUUUCCUUAUACAAGAAUCGGUGUUGGAAUGGAUGCUUCAGUCACACCACUUCGCCAUGGAGGCCUUUCACUUGUUCAAACUACAGAUUUCUUCUACCCUUUGGUUGAUGAUCCUUAUAUGCAAGGGAAAAUUGCUGCUGCAAAUGUUUUGAGUGAUUUGUAUGCCAUGGGUGUGACAGAGUGUGAUAAUAUGUUAAUGUUGGUUGGAGUUUCAACAAAGAUGUCAGAAAAGGAAAGAGAUAUUGUAAUGCCUCUUAUUAUGCGUGGUUUUAAGGAUUGUGCCUUGGAAGCUGGUACUAAUGUUACAGGUGGUCAGACAGUAAUGAAUCCAUGGUGCACUAUUGGAGGUGUAGCAUCCUCUGUUUGUCAAACAUCAGAGCUGAUAAUGCCAGACAAUGCAGUUGUAGGAGAUGUUCUUGUUUUAACUAAGCCUUUGGGGACACAAGUAGCUGUCAAUGCUCAUCAAUGGUUGGACCUACAAGAUCGCUGGAAUAGAAUCAAACUGGUUGUAUCGGAGGAUGACGUACGCAAAGCUUAUCUUCGUUCAAUUGAUUCCAUGGCCAGACUGAAUAGGACAGCCGCCCGCUUGAUGCACAAAUACAACGCUCAUGCUGCGACUGAUGUCACUGGAUUUGGAUUGUUGGGUCACGCUCAGAACCUUGCCGCACAUCAAAAGAACGAAGUUUCUUUUGUUAUACAUAAUUUACCCGUGAUAGCAAAAAUGGCUGCAGUUGCCAAGGCUUGUGGAAACAUGUUCCAGCUUCUUCAAGGUCUAUCUGCCGAAACUUCAGGUGGUAUGCUUAUCUGUCUUCCACGCGAGCAAGCUGCAGCAUAUUGCAAAGACAUCGAAAAGACUGAAGGAUAUCAAGCCUGGAUUAUUGGAAUCGUGGAAAAGGGAAAUCGAACUGCCCGAAUCAUUGAUAAGCCCCGAGUAAUCGAAGUCCCAGCUAAAGAAAAAGAAGGCGAACUUUGGUAGAGUUCAAAGCCCCCCAUCAUCUUAUCAUCGUCAUUUUUUUUUUUCAACACGCAAAUUUUUAUCUGUGGGAAUGGGUUCCCCUGGUUUGUAGGCCCCAGAUAGGUAGGAAAGAGUUUUGUACGUCGAAUGAAUUGAAACAAAGAAACUGUUAACUCAGCAUUGUUAUCGAUGAAGUAUAAAUACUACACUCUCGUUCCUAGUAGUUUAAAUCCUAAAUUCCCACAAAUCAGCUUCAUUCCUAAUUCAUCGUGUUUCCCGUCAAGCAUAGUGGCGCAUCCUAGUGCCAUUAAAUAAUGUGGAAAUACAAUAUCAAAGUCAAACCUUC